UAUUCCUGUAGUUUUACUGUGGUUUUACUCUCACAACACUUAAUAGUAUUCUCAGACCUGAUAAUAUGCUAAGCUGAGGUGCGCGCCGUUCAGAAAGUCUGAUACCGUGGUCUGUCAUCUUUAGUUUGAGAGAUGAGAUGAUCACUUCGUUCAGUUUCAGUUUUGUUUUAUUUUUCUGUUGUUUUACCGUUGCUUUACUCUUACCAUUCGUAAUUUUAUUAUCAGUCAGGGUUCUUGUUCUUCUGAAAGUCUGAAACCGUAGUUUCUUAGUCUCUAAUUUUGAGUUUGAGAGAUUAUUACUUCCGAUCAUUUUCAAUUUUGUUUUCUUUUUCUAUAUUUUUUACCGUUGCUUUACUCUUACCAUUCGUAAUUUUAUUAUCAGUCAGGUUCUUGUUCUUCUGAAAGUCUGAAACCGUAGUUUCUUACUCUCUAAUUUUGAGUUUGAGAGAUUAUUACUUCCGAUCAUUUUCAAUUUUGUUUUCUUUUUCUAUAUUUUUACCAUUGCGCUACUCUUACAAUUCUUAAUAAUAUACUCAGCCGAGGUGCUUGAUUUUCUGACAGUUUGAAACUAUUGUCUCUUAGCUGUAAUUUUGAGUGAGAGACAAUAGCUUGAUAAUCUAAUGAAACAUUUGCACGGAUAAUAAUUGCUAAAUUUGUCGAUGUUGAGAAUAUGGUGCUUUUGAUGCUUAGGUGCUUAACGCACGUCAUUAUCAAGCUAAUCUUGAAGGUUAAAUUAUAAUUCUGAUAGUACCAAAAGACUAAAAGCACCUAAAGAAUUGCACCUGAAUUCUGUCUUUCGACAAACAAGUGCUCUUGAUUCUUUCACUAGUGAUUGCUGUGAAACUGAUGUGAUAUAAUGUGUGUAUUUUCUUAUAUGCAUACAGUUAGAAGGGUUUAUAUCUGGAAUUUAACAUACGAGCCCCCUUUGAGGUUUUAGCAGGAUUCGUUUGACAUACCAAUGUUUGAUGAUUGGAAUGCUGCUGAUGAAAGUUCUGCGUAUGUGUUCUCCUCCAGUGACGGGGAAGACUAUGAUGGUGAAGUUUUUCUCACUCCGGUGAAUGACAUUGAUUUGCCUUCUGUUUCUGCAUCAAAUGAUGAUGCUGUAACAGUGGCUGCUCAUAGGUUUGCAACCCUUGGGAGGGGACAGAAGAAGCCUAGGACCAAACUAGGAAUUUUCAUCACUAUGGGGCUUAUAAUUGUCUUGACAUUACUGCUGUUGUAUGUGGAUUGGUGUGCGUGGAGAAUUGUUAGGCUUCCCUUAUCACCUUUUUACUUAACCCGUCCAUUUCUCAUAUCAGCCUUUUUGGUUUCUUUUGCUGGCUAUGUGGGCAUCCCAAUAUUUCGUCUUUUUAAAUUUAUCCAUGUAAUCAAGCAACAAGGGCCUGCUAGCCAUCGAACGAAAAAGCUUACACCAACACUGGGUGGUUUGCUUUUUGUACCUAUUGGUAUAAUUGUAGCUCAUGUCUUUGCUAGUUCCUCGUCAACAGAAGUUUCUGGGGCAGCUGGCGCAACUAUUGCAUUUGCUGCAGUCGGUUUACUUAGUGAUAUAUUAAGCCUCACCAAUCAUCGGAGAGUUUUGCCUGUAUUGACAGAAGUUCUUUUGCAGGUAGCCGUUGGAACGUGGUUUUCAUUUUGGUUGGACAUCACCAGUAUAUCUUCACCCUAUGGCAUGAAGAUGCUGGUUCCUCUGCCAUUGGGCCUCGUGUACUUGGGAAGAUGUUACCAACUCUUGACAUCAUUUAGUUUUGUUUCCAUGGGACAUGGUGUUAAAUUAGCAGAUGCUAUUGACGGAUUAGCAGGAGGUACUGCUGCACUGGCGUUUACCGGAAUGUCAAUAGCUGUUCUUCCAGUAUGUUCUGAUCUUGCGAUAUUUGGGGCUUCAAUGGCUGGAUCAUGUGUUGGAUUUCUUCUACACAACAGAUACAAAGCGUCGAUAUUUAUGGGUCACACAGGAUCUUUGGCUCUUGGUGGUGGGUUAGCUGCAAUGGCUUCAUGUACUGGAAUGUUCUUCCCGCUACUCAUUUCUUCCGGAAUUUUCGUUGUUGAGUCAUUAUCAGUUAUCAUCCAGUUAUUGUACUUGAAGAUAACUAAGAGCUUCCGGGGAGCAGGUUGGCGCCUUUUGAGGAUUCCUCCCUUUCAUUACCGCCUCCAAUUACGUGGGUUCAGAGAACCAAAUAUUGUAUUAGGUGCUUAUCUUAUAUCAUCUAUUUUGGCUUUGCUUGGCGGCUAUGUAGGUCUAGUUUCAGCUUAACAUUUUCAUACGGAUUGUUAAACAAAUGAGACAGUUGAACAGUUUCGAGUUUAGAUGUCUGACCUUAGAAAAUGGGGAAAUAUAAAAGUGAUAGAGUUGCAAUCCA